AAGGCAGAGAGAGGCAAACAUACAGGCUCUUGGAGCAGCAAGGCUGCCUGGUGCCUGGGGACCUCCAUGUGCUGCUGAGAGAGUGUUGCAGCCUUGGACAGCCACAAAUCUGUCCAAAGCAAUGGGUCACACUGGCAGGCACAAGGACCAAGAAUUGGUUUGGAGACCUCCAGUGUGAUUUGCUUCUGCUGCCCAGGCAGUGACAGCCCUCAUUGCUGAAAAUCCUAAUACUCAAGUAACCUUUUUGCUUAUGGUGCAAAAAGCUGUUUUCUCUUCUCUCUGCCUUUUGCAGCUGACACAAUAGAAAACUUGAUCUGUGCCUUGCUCCCUCAGGUUUUAUUGAGGAAACCUUCCCCAAACCAGUUGUAAUUUUAUUGAGGAAACCUUCCCCAAACACCAGCCGUGCAUGUGCAGAUCACUCUCUUAUGCUGAGGAUCAGGUAGGUCCCUCUCUCCUCUGGCUCUGCAUCCUGGAGAUGGCUUCACUCAAGGUCGCAGUGGUUGGGGCGGGAGUCAUCGGCCUGUCCACAGCACUGUGCAUCACAGAGACUUGUCCCAGCUGCUCUGUGACAGUCCUUUCGGACCAGUUCAGCCCCAACACAACGAGUGAUGUGGCAGCUGGGAUGCUCAUCCCUGACACCUACCCAGACACACCAAUCCACAGGCAGAAGCAGUGGUUCAGAGAGACCUUCACUUACCUUUUUGCCAUCAGCAACUCAGCCGACGCAUCAGAGGCUGGCAUUCACCUGGUCUCUGGGUGGCAGGUCUUUAAAAGCACUCCCAAGGAAGAGUUACCUUUCUGGUCAGAUAUUGUGCUGGGAUUUCGACCAAUGUCCGAAGCAGAACUCCAAAAGUUUCCACAGCACCAAUUUGGUCAGGCCUUUACAACACUGAAAUGUGACUGUCCACCCUACCUGCUGUGGCUGGAGAAAAGGUUGAAAGCAACUGGUGCCCAGAUGUCCACCAGGAGAGUAGCAGACUUGUGGGAGCUGCACAGCGAAUAUGAUAUUGUUGUCAACUGCACAGGCGUGGGAGCCCACCAGCUGGUGGGGGACAAGGAGCUCUUCCCUGUCAGGGGACAAGUCCUCAAGGUCCACGCGCCUUGGGUGAAACACUUCAUCCGGGAUGGGGAUGGCUUAACGUACAUCUAUCCAGGGAUACACAGGGUGACCCUGGGGGGAACCAGGGAGAAGGGGAGCUGGAGUCUCUCCCCUGACCCUGGCRCUACUAGAGACAUCUUUGACAGAUGCUGCUCCCUUGAGCCCUCACUGCGGGCAGCUCAGGGUGUGGAGGUGAAGGUGGGCUUGAGGCCAUCCAGGCGGUGCGUGAGAGUGCAGAGGGAGAUUUUGAGCCAAGGAGGAGUUAAGCUYCCGGUGGUCCACAACUAUGGGCAUGGGGCAGGUGGCUUUUCAGUGCACMGGGGCACAGCCAAAGAGGCUGCUCAGCUGGUGGGAGAGUGCAUUUCUGCUCUGCAAGGCUCCUCAUCGAGGGCCAAGCUUUGAAUCCCAGAGGUUCCUUUUCCAUUUACAGCUAGUGCUGCAUCUCCUAGUAGCAGCUCAGACUUUUACUUCAUUACUGGAUAGAAGGGAACUAAAUCAAUAGCUUGUUCCAUUGCAGAUGCUCAGUGGUGUCUUCUGCCACCUUGAAAAGGCAUGGUGUGUUGAUCCAAGCUGAUCACCUCCAUCUGGCAUAGUUUCUGCCCUGGGCAUUUGUCCUAGCCUCAUGUGAAGACAAGAUACAUCAAUACUCUUUACAUAACAGGGAUGAGAUUGCUGCAGUAUAAUAGAAAUAACGUAAAUUUAGCAUUUCUGCAUCUACAUCUAAAGGGUGUCAGAUGCACUAGGCUCAGGUUCAGUAAAAAUGAGUUGUCUCCUCUUGUACCAGAUGUAAUCCAGAGCUGCCCUUGCUUCUGCCAUCUUGCUAAUGAAUUUUGUUGUUGUCUAUAUGAUUUAGAGGGAAAAGAAACCCCGCCACAGUGCUGCAUUACAGUGCUCCACGUCAGCCCUUACAGAAAGCAAUGUUAGGUCGCUGUCACACACAGACACCAGGCAAGUAUGAUUUUCAGCAGCAGGUCUGUGAUACCGMUGGCUGCAUUUGCUCGUAUUGCAGCUUAGGGAACUUGAAAUUUCUGCUAAUAUUGCCCCACAGGAGCUACAGUUUUGCUCAUCUUUUCUCACACUUGUUUGCAAAUCUGCUUUUUUCCUUCAAGCCCCUCAGGUUUUGCUCUCAGACACUGAUGAUUUCCCCCAGCCCCUUCCCUCCUCCCCUGCAUAGAAACAUUGACAUGGCCUUUGUUCUACAGAAGGGGAGUUUUCAGAGUGGAUUUGAGAACGCAAUAUCCCUUUUCUGCUUCACAUCAACACUGCUUUCCUUGCAACAGCUGAUAUUAAUAAAUUGGAGACACACCAACAAAGAUUCUAACACCAGAAUCGGUUUCAUAGAAGAGCCAUUURACACUAGAUAAACACCCUAAAGAGAAAUUUGUAACUGGACAAGCUCCUCUGCUGUAAGAAAGCUGAGUCACCAGAGCCCAGACCCUCUAACUCCGUGGCAGAGGCUGUGUUGGGCUUUACACUCCCCCAAUUCAAGCCCUUUGAUGUAUCUGAAGACAAUCACUCUCCAAAAUUGGAUCUUACCAUCAAAGUGCAGGUCUGACUGUUAGUGAUUAAACCACUGAUUAGAUCUUAAAUGGCUCACUUAAGAGUGUUAUCAUCCAUUUUUUGUCUAGCUUUUUUGUCCUUGGAGUUACAAAACCAUUAAAAAUCCUUCAAUAAUUUCAGUGAUUAAAAUUAACUGAUAAGUAAAGUUCUAAUAAUGGAGCAAAGGUCACUUCUGUAGUGUUUCCUUUGAUAAGCAAGGGAUUUUCUUUCAUUUGCAAUGGUCUGACAGGGCCAAGAAAGGCCACAUUCAUCCAUGGCUGCCAACUCCUGCUGUUUUCAGGGGGGACGAAGGCAGUUAUCAUUUGCAAGGGACAGCUGUCAGAAGAAACACCACCAAAUUAAAUUAUAGGUCAAUAAGCGCCUGGGACCAGMCUAAGCCAGCCCUGCCUUCAGCAGCCUUGUCCUCUUUUUCUCAGCUCUGAAGGCUAAUUUUGCAUUCCCUCCUUUGUCACCCCCAUUUGUCCUUUCCAGUGGUAUGAGAGGGCAGAGCUGCUGCUUUUGGCAGCAAUGUUGGCAUAGGGCUUGUCAAACUGCAGCUUUGUCCUCAGCAAACCUAGGACAUAAAAAUACAUGGAAAAAGAACAUAAGAAUGGGCUCUUUUUUCUUAAUCUUUAUUUUAAUCUUAAAAAAAUAGCAGUGUAACUUACCCUGGAGCAAGAGACACUACUAAUGCUAGUAGAGUGAUCAUCGAUCAUAAGAAACCAAAGCUGCGCUUGUAUACUUCUGCUCUGCAGGGCCAUGGGCUUUCUUGUAAUCUGCUUCUAAAAAUUGUCUGGUUGAUAAAGUGUCAGAAUACAUUUGGCUGCAAAGCCCAUCAGUCUGGUCCUAGCUCUGGCCAUAGCCAACARGGGGGUGGCCACUUCUGGCCUAAGGUCCUCCUCACCUGAGGGGUAGCUUAGUGUUUCAGAUGAUUUGUCUUCCACACAGUUGUUGUUUUGGUCCUAAAACUAUGUAUGGUGCUUCUGUACCCCUCAAUAUCCUGUGAAAACAGGUUCUGUAAAGGAAAAAACUUCUUUGUCCAGGAGCAGAGCUCCUUGCCUUCAUGGUUGUCUUGAACCUGAAAACAUCAUCUGAUGUCCCUUUCUUGCAUGUUAUGAGGUAGUGACUAGUUAUUCUCCAUGGMCCCUCUGGAGUUUAUAAAGCUCCACCAUACUCCUUCUUGGACUCCCCACCUUGAAGAAUCUUGGUUUACAUAAUACAUAAUUKCCUCACAUUYACAAGCCCUGAUCCUCAUGGGGACAUAUCUGUUGAAGGGGACUGCACAGUAAAGUGUAAGCAUUCCAGGAGGUUCCUUCUCCAAGUGACAGAACAGCCAACAAGGAGAUGUGCUGUGCUGGACCCUAUUCUUACCAACACAGAGGGGCUGGUGUCCCAAGUGAAGACAUUCGUCUGCAGUCAGUAUUGGGGCUGGUGCUGUUAAACAUCUUUCAGUGACACGGACUAUGGGAUCAAGGGUACCCUCACCAACUUUGCCAAUGACACCAAGCUGUGGGGUGCAGUGGACAUGCUGGAGGGAGGGGAUGUCAUCCAGAGGGACCUCAGCAGGCUUGAGAGAUGGGACUGUGCAAACCUCAUGAAGUUCAAGGCCAAGCACAAGAUCCUGCACCUGGGUCAGGGCAAUCCCAAACACAAAUACAGACUGGGCAGAGAAGGGAUGGAGAGCAGCCCUGAGGAGAAGGACCUGAGGAUCUUAGUUGAAGACUAGUUCAACAUGGCCCAUCCAUACGUGCUCACAUGCCAGGAAGCCAACUGUAUCGUUGUCUACAUCAAAGCAGCUUUGAGGGAGUUGAUUCUGCCUUGCUCUCUUUUCCCAUCUGGAAUGCUGUAUCCAGCUCUGGGGGCCCCAACAUAAGAAGAAUGUGUACCUGCUGGACAGAGUCCAGAGGAGGGACACAAGGAUGAUCAGAGGAUGGRAGCACCUCUGCUAUGAAGACAGGCUGAAAGAGCUGGGGUUGUUCAGCCUGGAGAGGAGACAGCUCUGGGCAGAGGACAGUACCUAAAGGGGGCUGCAAGACAAAGGGACUUUUUAGAAGGGCAUGUAGGACUAGAAGGAAUGGCUUUAAAAUGAAAGAGAGUGGAUUUAGAUUAGAAAGAAAUUCUUCACUGUGAGGGWKGYGAGGCCCUGGCACAGGCUGAGAUGUGAGUGCCUUAUCCCUGGAAGUGUCCAAGCCCAGGUUAAAUGGGGCUUUAUGCAGCCUGGUGUAAUAGAARGUGUCCCUGCCCAUGCCAGGGGGUGGAACUAGAUGAUUUUUAAGGUCCCUUCCAACAUCAUUCUGUGACUCUAUGGUCUCUCUUCCCUUCAUAAUAUAUUAAAAUGCUUUAYAGUUUUUAACAAACCUUUAAGGGACAACCUCAUUCCAAGAUACCUGUYCUUAGAGGUACUAGCUGUUUCAGAGGCCGCUGCUGAGGCUGGGUAGUGAGGUUGUCUUCCUUCCAGCUCAGCCAGGUGUUUUUCUCUGCUGUUAGCUACAAUGAUUUUCACCUGCCAUUACUUUGCCCASACUCAUGAGAUGGUUUUUGCAGCUCCUUGAGGAGUUUGCAUUUUACUGCCUUGACUAAACCYGUACCACCAGCAGAUCAGUCAUUUGCCUGAUUGAUGUCUCUGUGGGUGAACCCUGGCCCUACCACUAUCCCUGUAAGAUGCAAGUGGUGUCUUCUCUCCACUGUGAAGAACGGAUGAUUUAUCCUUACCUGGUCUCUCUAUCCUGUGUGUAGCUGCUGACUCAUGAGAGGAUCUUACCUCUUAUUGCAUGCUGGAUUAGGCUUCUUAAUGGGUCCUUGGUGACAGAUGUUAUUAAGGGCUUUCUGGAAGCUGAGCAGAUCAUACCGAGCAGAUCGCUCUCAUCUGCAGCUUCACAGUUUCCUCUGAAGCCAUGAGAGGGUGGUGGAGCACAGCUUUAUGGGCUCUCACUGCAAAGCUCUGCACGUUCUUCUCUUAGCCUGAGUCUCUCCUUGCAGCUCUUCUUUUACUAUGGCUUUUGCUGUUUGCCUGCCACAGGUGUCAGGUUUAGUGGCUUGCAUUUCUCYAGAUCCCUUACAGCACUUAAAGCAGUAUCACAUGUCAUCCUCUUUUUCUUCCGCUGUUUUCAGUAAAAGCUUAUACAGUGGCUCUUACAGUGCAACAAUUUCCAUUGGCAUUCCUUUAAAACMCACGAGUGAGUAACAGCUGUUUUCCCGAAUUUGUUACUAUCCCUUWCAUCUAUUUGUUCUAAAGCCUCCUCUAGUGACCCUUCAAUCUGAGGCACUUCCCUGCAUUAACCCUUUAACAAAUGGGUCUGCCGUGGGAAUUUCACUAAGCUUUGCUGUKCUGAAUGCAGACACACGUAAUCUGUUUGGCCGUUGUGUUAGGAUGUGUUUUCUUUCAAACUCCUUUGCCACCCUGAUCAUCUGCUGACUUCACACCCUGAUCACCUGCAGAAUCCUCCAUCAGGSUCCCUGCUCCUGCUAGGAUGGAGGAGGCUUUUUGUCUAGCAGCAAGUUAUUUCCUUCCAAUAUUUUUUAGUCUUCCUUUCUGUUUCUGCUUUCAAUUUGACAGAAUUCAUGUCCUUUUCCUCAUUUGGAGGGGAUGUAUUUUGGUUCUUUCUSAUGUAAUUUUUAUCAUGCUAUUACAAUGACCCAGUAAUUAUAUUCUUUCAGUAACAUGUCUGGCAUUUCAAUACCCUUAUAUAAAAAUUGAGAAUUUGAAAGCUGUAUCUUUAUUUCUACAUUCAUAGCAACAGAAGCAAACAUACAUUCAGCCUGAUUGCUCCUGUGUCCCAUUAAAAGGAACUUUAUUUAUCCACAUUGCACCUUGCUGUUUCCCCCUUACUUUUGGUUAUAAAGAGGUCAAAAUGAUAUAUCUAAAGAAUGUCAUCAUGAUCCCUCCUCCUGUCUCGCUCCUCACUUCCCUCAGUUUUUAGCCUGAAAUUCCAUUUUUAAAUCUUUCUCACAGAGGCUUUUCUCCUUGGCUAAAGUCAUGCCACACAAAGACUGAGAAUUCUAUUCAGAAACCUCAUCUUUUUUUUUUCCCAGAAGCUUUCAAUUUGCCAAGAAUAUGUCCUAAUAUUUUGGGGAUAACUGAAUAUUGCUCCAUUAUGCUUCUCUAGGCAUGGAAAAUUUAAAUAAUAUAAAAUAUAUCCUAGAUACAUAGUGAUGCUGCUAACUAUACACCUGCCCACAAAGGUGAGUCACAGUAUUUCAGUAUUUCAAGCCAUCUCACUGACAGACUUCUUUCAGGCAGAUCAAGUUUGUUGAGAUGAGUCCUGUCUUGCUUCAGCUGCCUGGCUCUGGGUGUCAGUCUCUGGCAGGAUCUCAUCAGCCAUCYCUGAGUUUCUGUUCCUCACUCAAGACUUUUGCCAGGAGCUGAAGCAAAGAUGUGGCCUCUGUUACCUCUCCAGCUCCAGCUGAAGCUGAGCUGGCAGCUGAGGAAUUUUCAAAACUCCGUUUUGAUCUUAAAUCUGUCAGUGUUGCUGCAUCAGCUCUGUAGUUUUCAUCUGGAAUCACAGAAUAAGUGUCAGAAACACUCACACAUGGGAGAGGAUUAACAUUAAACUUCCCUGACCUCACUGUGCUGAUGAAAGGUGCCCUCAAAGAAAGACUUAGCUGUCACCUGUGCAAAGCAUUCCAUCCCUGCACUAUUCCUUAAGCCCAUACGUGUCUGGACAUAAGUUAUCCAAACUGUACUUGAGUAUUUCCUUCUUAUCCUCACUUUCUGAUCUGCAUUGAAGAGGCACCCCUGGCAGAUGGCAACCAAUCUGUUACACUCACAUGGAGCUUCAAAGGUGUAAUUGUGGUAUAGAAAGAGAACGAUUAUAUUUUGAGACAUUUUUCAAUCCUUGCGAUUCCAGGCAGCAGAUGGGAUGUGUGAUGGAUUUUAGAGCUUGAGCACAAAAUAAYAGUUUUCUGCAACAGGAAAUUUUGUUGACUUUCUUCACAGAAACAAAGCCAUAAAGUCAUGUURUCUCAAUAUAGGCUUUUGCCUCUGUUUAAAAUAAAUUUCUGGAAAAUACCAGAAAAUUGGCAUUCACCAUUCAUUUCCAUUCUCUUCCAGUCGAGRACUAUUGAGAUAAACCUCAAAUUCAUUAGGAAUAAAUGUAGCAAUUAGAGAUAYCAUCAUGGCCUGGACCGAGAUUUUUAUUGUUUUCACAGCAAUCAAGUAACUAUUGUUCCGUUGUASGCUGCUCUAGUUUAUCCUGCUUUAUUCCCUACUUCCCACCAGAGGGAGAUGUUGGAUCAAGCAGUUGCUGAAAAAGCCCGCACACUCCAUCUCAAAGAGCAAAUGGUGUGAUGCUUAAUUCAGUGGAAAUCUGCGUGCCUGUCGGGUUCCCACAUAACUAAAAGGCUAGGGGGACUUGGGUGCUGCGAUAGAGCUUUAAAAAACGAUCGUGGACCGGUUAUUUAUGGAGAACACUUUAAAAAAGUACAAUAAAAUGUGAAGGCAGAAGCAUACCAGAAGUUGUAGUCAACUAAAAAUAAGGAAUUAUUAUAAAAAUAAUCCUAGACAAAGCUGCUGCUAUAGCAGCAUGUCCCAGAGCUUUUUUCCCCACCAAAAGGCUGGAGAGGAAACCUCUGUCUUGGGUAGCCAAGUGUCCUCAGUUCCUCAUGUUGUGGGUUCUUGGGGACCCCCAGUCCCUCAAGAUGUGCCUGGGCUGGACAUCCCGUGGGGUUGUCCCUGUGGAGCUGCAGCCUGGCCCAUGGGUCYRCUGGCUCCUGGYCAGGCUCAUGGUGAGCCCAGACACSACUCUGGGUGCUCAGGUAUUAGAAAUUACUGCUCUUUCAAGGUCUGAAAUUGACUGGUUUCUUUCUGGGAAAUUUCCCCCCAUGUCUAUUUUUCUCAGUGAAACAUAUUUUGGAGAAGGAAAAGCAGACAUGAAUCAAAAUGCAGCCUUAUUAAGAAGGGGAAGGGCUGGGGGAAAAAGAAAAGGGGAAGCAACUGUUCUGGAAGUGAGCAACAUCAUAGAAAUGGUAUUUCCAAAAGUAAAAGCAGUU